UACUUAUUUAAAAAAAAAAAAAAAAAUUAUAUCGCAGGUGCAUGCUAUUGGCUGUCAGUGGUUUUCUUCAGCACCCCUGGAUAAUUAUUUUUUACUCCAAGCAGAUAGCUUCAUCAAGAACCUUUUGUGUUUAUAAGCAGGUGGAGCAAAAGCAUUAUUCUGGGCUCAUAAAAGGGGGCUCACUGGACAAUGCCAUUGUUUGUAGUGCCAGCAAAGUUUGGUUGAACCCCCCACUGCGUUUCCCUAACAAACCGUGUCGCCAUAAGGUCUUAGAUCUUAUUGGUGACCUUUCCCUUUUUGCACAGUUUGGCAGUCAAGGGCUUCCAGUGGCACAUAUAGUGGCAUACAAGGGUGGCCGUGCACUACAUACUGGUAUGGUACGUCAGCUAUCAUACAAUCAAGAGAAGACUUGAAAGAAUAUCAAUUAUCAUUACAACCCAAAUGGCAAGGAUCUUGGCUUAUUGAGGGCAGAUGUUGGAAACGUGCAUGUCCUUUGAUGUGUAACAUUAUCUUUGUAAUCUAGCACACUGUCAACUUGUCAAGGAUCUAAUUCACCUCUUUCACCUCCUCCUCUUUUAAUAUGCACAUAAAACCGAUGACAAAUAUAAUUGUUAAUGAGCAUCUAAACUUUUUCUGAUAGAUUUGGUUGUCCCAUAAAAAUGGAACAGUUAUGAUUAUGUUUUCAAUAGA